AGCAGUUGGGGUGUGAACACCAAGGGAGGAGAAACUGCUUCUGUAGUUGGCUAGCCAUUCACAGUCUUUGUUUAAUCCUGAUCUGAUGGUGUCAAAUUUGCAAAUGAACUGGAGCUCAGCAGUUUCUCUUUGGAGUCUGGUCCUGAAGUUUUUUUGCUGUAAGAUGGCUACCUUUACAUCUGCUAUCGUGUGGCCAGGGAGGUUGAAGUGUUCUCCUCCAGGUUUUUGUAUAUUGCCAUUCCUGAUAUCUGACUUGUGUCCAUUUAUCCUCUUGCGUAGUGACUGUCCAGUUUGGCCAAUGUACAUAGCAGAGGGGCAUUGCUGGCACAUGAUGGCAUAUAUAACAUUGGUGGACGUGCAGGUGAAUGAGCUGGUGAUGUUGUAGCUGAUCUGGUUAGGUCCUGUGAUGGUGUUGCUGGUGUAGAUAUGUGGGCAGAGUUGGCAUCAAGGUUUGUUGCAUGGGUAGGUUCCUGAGUUAGAGUUGUUAUGGUGCGGUGCGUGGUUGCUGAUGAGAAUAUGCUUAAGGUUGGCAGGUUGUCUGUGGGCGAGGACUGGCCUGCCUCCCAAGGUCUGUGAAGAAGUGAGGUUCUUACCCACGAAAGCUUAUGCUCCCAAUACUUCUGUUAGUUUCAAAGGUGCCACAGGACCCUCUGUUGCUUUUUACAGAUUCAGACUAACACAGCUACCCCUCUGAUACCUGACCUGCUACGCGCGUUCUGAUGUGGUGCCCCGCAGCCCGGCUGCGCAGUGUGCACGUGCAGUAGGGGCACCACGUGAGCAGGCUUCCAAGGGCACGGGAGAGCUGCUGGGCUCCAGCUCCCAGAGUCCAGUGGCGCUGUGAGGAUUUCAGCCUUCAUUCUGCAACAACAAGCUUCCACACACCGUCAGUGCCUUGCUAGUGUGCCAUACGCCGUGAGAUAUCUCUUCUCUUUGUGUGUGACUGAGAGCGUUUCCCUUGUGUGCGAAGUUAUUCAACAAAAUCUUGAGCUUCAUAAUGGAUACCAUGAGUGAAAAGAAAAAAAGAAAAAGAGAAUCAGAGCACAGAGUUUUCAACACUGAAUGGAUGAAUAAAUACUUAUGUACUGAGAACGAUACGGUUACUAAAGUAAGCUUUCAAAUUUCUAAGGAAAUUGCUGCUGCUGGGAAAUGCUUCACAGAAGGCGAGUUUUUAAAAAAGUGUAUGUUGAUUGCUGUAUCUGAGUUAUGUCCAGAAAAGAGGGGAAUAUUUGAGAAUGUCAGUCUAUCACACAUGACUGUACAGAGAAGAAUAGCUGACAUUUCUACCAAUCUAAGUGAUCAGUUAAAGCAGAGAGUCAAUGAAUUCUGUUUUUGCUCCCUAGCUAUGGAUGAAAGCACCGAUUUAAAAGACACCACCCAACUUCUUAUUUUUAUUAGCGGUAUUGAUAAAAACUUUUUGAAAUUACUGAAGAAUUUGCUGGCAUUUGCUCCAUGACAGGUCACACAACCGGAAAAGAAAUCUCCAGUGAAGUGAUAAAGUGCAUGAAUGAUAAGUUGGGAUUAGAUUUCACAAACUUGGUGGCCAUUUGUACUGAUGGUGCUCCAGCUAUGUGCGGGAAAAAAUGUUGGAGCAGUUACUCUUCUUGAAGAAUUUAUUCGGAGACAAGUAACUAAACAUCACUGCAUUAUACAUCAGCAGGUUUUGUGUAGCAAAGUCUUAAAAUUUGAGCAUAUAAUGUCAGUGGUAGUUUCCAUUGUAAACUACAUCCGUUCUAGAGAAUUAAAACACAGGAUAUUUCAAGCCUUUCUUGAAGGGAUAGAUGCCGAGUGCAGCGACUUAAUCUACCAUACGGAAGUGAGGUGGUUGAGUCAAGGAAGAGUGCUCCAGCGUUUCGUUGCUUUGAAAGAGGAGGUAGCAAAAUUCCUAGAAAAUGGGCCAAUAAAAUUCCCAGAGCUUGAAAAUGAGUCCUGGAAUCAAGAUCUCUUUUUCUUUUGUGAUAUUACAGCACACCUGAAUGAUCUCAACAUUCAACUUCAGGGAAAAUAUCAACUUAUAUUUCAAAUGUGUGCAGCAGUGAAAGCUUUCAAAAUGAAAUUGAAACUUUUCAGAAGUCAGCUGUCAAAAGGUGAAAUGUGUCACUUUCCCACUUGUGCACAGCGUAUCCCUCAGCACAAACACGCCGAGUUAGGAGAAAAAUACGCAAAGCACAUUAAUCUUUUGAUUGAAGAAUUUGACAGAAGACUUACUUUCUCUAAAGAAGACGUCCAGUUGAAGCUGUUUGAAGAUCCCUUUUCUGUGGAUCCAGAGGAAGUGCCACUAGAUUUGCAGUUGGAGGUUACUGAACUUCAAUGUUCGGCAGUUUACCAAAAUAAGCACAGAGCAAGCAGCCUGUGGGACUUCUACAAAAGUCUGGACAAUGAAAAAUACAAGAAUCUUAUUGAAGUUGCACUGAAAAUGUUCAGCAUUUUUGGAAGCACUUAUAUAUGUGAGCAAACAUUUUCCAUCAUGAACAUGAAUAAAAACAAGCAACGGUCUUCUCUGACUGACGACCAUUUGGAAGACAUUCUGAAAGUAUCCACUUCAAAUAUGACCCCCAAAUACAACAAGCUUGUUGUCGAAAAGAGAUGUAAUAUCUCUCAUUAAAUUUGCAAGGUAUUAUGAAAAGUACAAAUGUUUUCUUUCAACCUGCCUCUGGAGAUUUCCAUUACUUGCAUCUGAAGAAGUGAGGUUCUUACCCACGAAAGCUUAUGCUCCCAAUACUUCUGUGCCACAGGACCCUCUGUUGCUUUUUACAAGACAGGGUUUGUUUACUUUAGACAGGAGACUUGAUACAAAAGGGGGCCAUGAUAUAUAAAACAAUCCUAAAUGGUUUAGAGAGGGUAGAUCAGGAACUUACACCCACUUUGGCUCAUAAAACAAGAACUAAGUGACAUUCAAUGGAAUGAAGUGGUGGCAAAUGCAAAACUGAUAAAAAGAAAAUACUUUUAAAGAUAAUGAGCGACGGGCUGGAUUACUUGAUGAUUACCUGUUCUAUUCAUUCCCUCUGGGGCACCUGGCAUUGGCCACUGUUGGAAGACAGGAUACUGGGCUACGUGGACCUUUGGUCUGACCCAGUAUGGCUGCUCUUAUGUUUUUAUAAUCAGCCUGUGGAACUCACUGCCACCAACUAUAAUUGUGGCCAAGAGUUUAGCAGGAUUAAAAUAGGAACUGGACAUAUAGCUAAUAGAGACAUCCAGGGUUAAAACAGCAAACUCUAAACAAACAAGAGUUUGAGAAGGGGCAUAAACCGUCCUGCUUCGGGGCAUGAGCUAGCCUCUAACUUGGGGGUUUGGAGGACAUUUCUGGGCAGGUUAUCCCAUGCCAUCAGCAGGAUUUCUUAUGCCUUCCUCUGGAGCACCUGCUACUGACCACUCGAUGGACCAUUGUUCUGAUCUGAUCUAGUCUGGCAGUUCCUGCAUUGCUAUGUGGAGGCCUGACAUCGUCUCCCAGUGAUUCUGACUGAUCACAAGGGGCAAUGAUGGGUAUUGAAGGAAGCUGUGAUCUCCUUUGUCAAACUGUUGUGUCUGGGUCAUGGGCCUGGGGGAUCCUCAAGCUCCACAAGAGAUAUGAAAUUCUUAAUCCCCCUACUCCUCACGCUGCUCUUCACUAUCCUGUCACCUGAGAAAACUGAAGGGACCGUGACAUUUCUCCAUGGAGCAGUGGGUCUGGGAUAAGGAGCAGCCGCAGCAGGUGGCAAAGGGGUCUCCUAAGUACUCUCACAUACGUACACUAGUGGCUGGCAUAACCUAGUGAAGA